GACGAGUACUUGCAGCAACUUAAGAGAAAAUAGCAAGGAAGUCUGCAGGCUGAAAGCCUUCAAAUUAGCCUGGACUCAGCUGAAUUUGGCUCGAAACGAAGUUAUCUCAGGGUGGGGAUUUAGUCCUCCGGUGGACGCAACACGCGCCAGCAGCUAAUAGAAUGUCGUUAGGGGACGGGCUCUGAGUCCGUUACGCCCAGGCACUUCCGGCUCACGCGCCGUACGGAAGCGUGGUCAGCGCUGGGCUUCUGCUCCGUACGGAAGUGUGCUUUGAUGCACCGGAAGCCGAAUCAAGAGAGCUAUGGCGGGUUUGACUGUGAGAGACCCAGCGGUGGAUCGUUCUCUACGUUCUGUGUUCGUGGGGAACAUUCCUUAUGAAGCUACUGAAGAGCAGUUGAAGGACAUCUUUUCUGAGGUUGGCCCUGUUGUUAGUUUCAGAUUGGUAUAUGAUAGAGAGACAGGAAAGCCAAAGGGUUAUGGCUUCUGUGAAUACCAGGACCAAGAGACAGCACUUAGUGCCAUGCGGAACCUGAAUGGGCGAGAAUUCAGUGGGAGAGCACUUCGAGUAGAUAAUGCUGCCAGUGAAAAGAACAAAGAAGAGCUGAAGAGCCUUGGCACUGGUGCCCCUGUCAUUGAGUCACCUUAUGGAGAGACCAUCAGUCCUGAGGAUGCCCCUGAGUCCAUUAGCAAAGCAGUUGCCAGCCUUCCACCAGAGCAGAUGUUUGAGCUGAUGAAACAAAUGAAGCUCUGUGUCCAGAAUAGUCCCCAGGAGGCACGGAACAUGUUGCUUCAGAACCCUCAACUGGCUUAUGCUUUGCUGCAAGCACAGGUAGUGAUGAGAAUUGUGGAUCCGGAAAUUGCCCUGAAAAUUCUGCAUCGCCAGACAAAUAUCCCAACGCUGAUUGCAGGCAACCCUCAGCCAGUCCAUGGUGCUGGGCCUGGCUCAGGAUCCAAUGUGUCAAUGAACCAGCAGAAUCCUCAGGCCCCUCAGGCCCAGUCUUUGGGUGGAAUGCAUGUCAAUGGCGCACCUCCUCUGAUGCAAGCUUCUAUACAGGGUGGAGUUCCAGCACCAGGGCAAUUACCAGCAUCUGUCACAGGACCUGGCCCUGGUUCCUUAGCUCCUGGAGGAGGAAUGCAGACUCAGGUUGGAAUGCCAGGAACUGGACCAGUGUCCAUGGAACGGGGACAAGGAACCCUACAGCACUCGCCCGUGGGACCCGCCGGGCCUGCAUCAAUUGAGCGAGUUCAAGUGCCGAUGCAAGACCCCAGAGCAGCUAUGCAGCGGGGAUCCUUGCCUGCCAACGUCCCAACCCCUCGAGGCUUGUUAGGAGAUGCUCCGAAUGAUCCACGAGGAGGCACUUUACUUUCUGUAACUGGAGAGGUAGAGCCUAGAGGUUACUUGGGACCACCUCAUCAGGGUCCACCCAUGCACCAUGUUCCUGGCCAUGAGAGCCGAGGACCACCCCCACAUGAGCUGAGGGCAGGGCCAUUACCUGAGCCCAGACCUCUAAUGGCAGAACCAAGAGGACCCAUGUUAGAUCAGAGGGGUCCACCCUUGGAUGGCAGAGGUGGAAGGGAUCCCCGAGGAAUAGAUGCACGAGGGAUGGAAGCCCGAGCCAUGGAGGCAAGAGGGUUAGAUGCCAGAGGAUUGGAGGCCCGUGCAAUGGAGGCCCGUGCAAUGGAAGCUCGUGCGAUGGAGGCCCGAGCGAUGGAGGCCCGUGCAAUGGAAGUCCGAGGGAUGGAGGCCAGAGGCAUGGAUACCAGAGGCCCAGUGCCUGGCCCUAGAGGACCUAUACCUAGUGGAAUGCAGGGUCCCAGUCCAAUUAACAUGGGGGCAGUUGUCCCCCAGGGAUCCAGACAGGUCCCAGUCAUGCAGGGAACAGGCAUGCAAGGAGCGAGUAUACAGGGUGGAAGCCAGCCUGGUGGCUUUAGUCCUGGGCAGAACCAAGUCACUCCACAGGAUCAUGAGAAGGCUGCUUUGAUUAUGCAGGUUCUACAACUGACUGCAGACCAGAUUGCCAUGUUGCCUCCUGAGCAAAGGCAGAGUAUCCUGAUUUUAAAGGAACAAAUACAGAAAUCCACUGGAGCACCUUGAUAGGUUUUCAAAAAUACCUGGCAAGAAAUCUGGAAAUUAAUUCUAUAAUUUUGUUGAAAUAUUGAAAAAGAUGACCUGCAUCCUAACCCUUGAAUGACUCAAAUCAGUGCCAGGUGGAGGACUCCCAUCACCUUCUCUCAGAACAAAAGCAAUUCAUUUUAUUGUCUUAGUUUGUAUAUUUUCUGUGACUUGAAAUAAACUUUAAACACAAUUUUAGUACACUGCAAAUUGAUAUACAUGACCUUUUUGCUUUUAAAAAGCUGAACACUAAGGGUGAAACCUUAGAUGUGUUUUCUCCCCUUACUGCAGUAUUGUACUUUAACAUAUUGCCAUAGUUUUGUUUUUACUUUAAGUUAACCAUUUAUUUUUCUUGAUGAUUUUUGAGAAUUUCUCAGAAGCACUGUUUUCUGGAACUUGGUUUUUGUUUAGUUUGCUUCCAGUAAGAAUUAUUAUAAGGCUUUGCCCUCUGAAAACUUUCUAGGUCUUCUGAGUCUUUGGGAGAAAAUAGCACGUGCUUAGAGCUAUAAAAUGGUCAGAAGGCUAACAGAACACAGAACUUAGUACAGCCAUGUCUUUAGUUUAGAAAAAUCCAAAUAUCAAAAUGCAUUUGUUUCAAUAGCAGGUGUGAACAUGUAUAAUUCACAGUUAAGACAAAAAUUGUUUUAGCACUGGUUUGAGUGUGUCAGCAACACAAGAGACUGUUGACAUUUACUUGUGUGUUCUUAAACUUAUCAGUCUAGGCAGUCAACUUUGAAAGUUUAAAAAGCCACUGAGUUUUCACAUGUUCAAGAUGAAAUAAAAACAAAUCAAAUGAA